AUGUCCGCCCAAAACUCCCAGGGUAUCCAGACCCUGCUCGACGCCGAGCGCGAAGCUCAGAAGAUUGUCCAGCAAGACCGUACCAAGCGAGUCAAGGACGCCCGAAGCGAAGCACAGAAGGAGAUCGAGGACUAUAGAAAAGAGAAGGAGUCUGAGUACCAGAAGUUCGAAAAGGAGCACAGCUCAGGCAACCAGAAGGCUGAAGAAGAUGCGAAGAAAGACACAGAUGCCAAGGUCAAGGAGAUUGACGAGAUUGGCAACAAGUCCGGCAGCAAGGUUGUCGAUCAACUUAUCGAAGCAGUCGUAAAUGCGCACCCCAAGCCACCAGGCAAGCAGGAUUAG